UAAUGAGUGUAUGAACAUCACAUCACCAUGUUUGGGGAACGGUCGCUGUCUUAACACUCAAGGGAGUUUUAAAUGUACAUGUGAUUCUGGAUGGGAAGGGCCCCGGUGCUCUGUGAAAGUGAAACUCUUCUGCAAUCAAAUACCUUGUAAAAAUAAUGGAACAUGUAUUCUAAACUUGACAACUCAGAAUUACCAAUGCAUUUGUUCCAAAGGAUUCGAGGGUGACUUCUGCGAUAUAGAUAUCAACGAGUGUGUGACGUCAUUCAGACCCUGUUCUGGCAGAGGAUCAUGCGUCAAUUCCUUUGGGUCAUACUUUUGUGACUGCUAUGGAGAUUGGGAAGGGCUCAGAUGCGAGAAAAGAAUUGAUCCUUGUCUUUCCAAUCCCUGCCCAAAGAAUUCAGUAUGUGAAACAAAAGGCAGUUCAUAUCAAUGCACGUGCAAUAUAGGAUGGGAGGGACCCAAAUGCGAUCAAGAGGUGAAGAGAGCAACAGGACCAUGCGCAAACAUGUGCAAAGGAGAGGAGUCCUGCUAUUUAGAACACGACUGUACCCACUACAAACACUGCCACGCCAGGAAUUUCGCCUGUCAUUGUACAUUGAUGAAGUGUGCAUUUGGAACGUUUUGGAGUUCUUCCCUCAACACCUGCGACAAAGUGUCCAACGUACUUUGUAAAUCUGAUCCAUGCCUUAACCUUCCUGCUGAUUCUACUUAUCCUAGUGAGUUUAACUGCCGUACCUUCUACAUGUGUAACAGAAACAUGCAGUCGAUAGCAAUGUGUUGUGAUCUGGGGUAUGCUUAUGACCCAGAAGUUAAGAACUGUACGAGAAGCAGAUACUGCAGCUUAGAAUGUUCUACCCAGAAUAUUCCGACAACAACAUCGCCAACAGUAGUAGAAACAAGUCCCCCAUGGGUUACAUCAGAAGGUUCAGUUUGUAAACUUUACCCUCUUAAUGGAGAUCCCACUAAAUUUAUCCAAAGUGGUUUAAUACAAAGUUGUGCAAAGGGGACGAUUUUCCAGCCCUCAAUCUGCGGUUGUGGAAGUGACAAGGAUUAUAUUCUAUCACGGUGUUCAUCGUUAGUUUAUUUGGAUUUUCGAGGGGAUAGAAUCAAGGACGUUUAUCACCAAAGCUACGUCGAAGUAAAGAAUGUUAUGCGCAUUAAUACUAGUGAACCAGAUGAUACGUAUGCUUUUUUCAACGGAAGAUCCUCAAGCAUACGUAUUCCUCGCUUCAGUGCAGUCGCACUACGUCUUCUAACAAUACAAAUAAGAUUUUUUGCCCUUCCAUUUGGACCAAGAUAUCAGGUAUUGAUAUCUAAUUGCCGGUCUUCAGCAAAACCUACAGGAAUUAUAGAGCUACAGAAUCAGACUCCUUCCGUAGCUAUUGUGGCUGACACAAAGGAUGAACACCUCACCCUGUUGGGGUACAGCGAGGAUUGGAGAGUCAGGCCUGCUAUACUAACACUAUCUUAUAAGGUCAAAGCUUGGAUGAAUGUGGAGUUAUUAUAUGAUGGUAGAAGCAUUGCAGGAAGAGUGACGUCAUUUAGUUCAAAUGGCUCAAUUUCAUUUGAAAGUAAAGAUGAAACAGUUUUAUCAGGAAACCUAGUAGCCCCAGACGGUCCACUAAGUAUAGGCAUGUGCAAAGAAAACCAAGAUGCUUUUUAUGGUUACAUGGACAUGGUUCAAGUAUUUGACUGCAAUCCAUGAUCUCAACUUGAAGAAUUCCAAUACGUCUACUAUUUGUUAUUUGUGUGUUACUUGUAUUUGUUCUAGCUGUAAUGUAUUUGAAUUAAUUUUCAUCCAAAAUCUUCAAUAUUUCCAUUUAUAAUUAUACAUGAAUAACAUGUAUGAUUUUUGUAAAUACUAUAUGUAUGAUACUGAGUAAUCCUAAUAUUAUAUUUAUUUUUA